AUGCCGGGGCCGGGUAGCCAGAACGGACGGGCGACGCCGCUCAAGUCCGAGAACAUCCACGGGCUCGUGCGCGCUGGCGACGUGGCGGCCGUCCAGAGGAAGCUGCAGGAGAACCCUGCCCUCCUCAACGACAAGAAUCCUGUGAUGUGCCAAACACCACUUCAUGUCGCAGCUGGAUACAAUAAUACUGAUAUAGUGAAAUUCCUUCUUGAUUGGCAAGGGCAAGGUGCAGAUAUGGUUGAGGUGGAGGCAAAGAACAUGUACGGAGAGACACCCCUGCAUAUGGCAGUAAAAAAUAGUUCUUAUGAAUCAGCAAAAUUGCUCCUUGAACAUGGUGUACAUACAGGAGCCAAAACAAAUAAUGGCAUGUCACCAUUGCAUUUAGCUGUCUGGCAUGCACUUCAAACUGGAGAUUGCAGCACCGUCAAUUUGUUGCUAAGCUAUAAUGCAGAUUGCAAUGCUAAAGAUGAUGAAGGCAAAAUCCCCUUAAAUCAUAUCCCAGGAGGAGCUGGCAAUGAGAUGCUGCUCCAGCUCCUCAUUCGCCAUAUGGAAGAACAAAGAAAACAAAAAGCCCUCAUGACAUGUCAUGAACAACGGUCAAUGGCGGAGUUUGAAGAAGCAAUAUCACAAAUCGUGGGGUUGCAAGAGCUGAAAAUGCAAUUACGUCGAUGGGCCAGGGGAAUGCUUUUUGAUGAAAAACGCCGGGCUAUGGGCUUAGGGAUUGCUACCAGAAGAGCUCCCCACAUGGCAUUUCUGGGCAAUCCAGGAACAGGUAAAACAAUGGUUGCUCGGAUUCUUGGAAAGCUCCUACAUAUGAUUGGGAUUCUCCCUACUGACAAAGUUACUGAAGUUCAGCGAACUGAUCUUGUUGGAGAAUUUGUGGGGCAUACUGGACCAAAGACGAGGCGGAAGAUAAAAGAUGCCGAGGGAGGGAUUCUGUUUGUGGAUGAAGCUUACAGGUUGAUACCAACGCAAAAAUCGGAUGAUAAGGAUUAUGGUUUGGAGGCACUGGAGGAGAUAAUGUCUGUAAUGGACAGUGGCAAAGUAGUUGUCAUAUUUGCUGGGUACUGCGAGCAAAUGAAGCGUGUCAUUGCCUCGAACGACGGUUUCUGUAGGAGGGUCACGAUGUUCUUUGAUUUUGAUGAUUUCACCACGACAGAAUUAGCGGAGAUAUUGCUUCUGAAGAUGAAUAGCCUGACUGACACAAGUUUGCUUUACGGGUUCAGGCUGCACCGGAGCUGCACCAGAGGUGCCGUUGGAGAGCUGAUUGCCAGGGAGACCACUGAGGAGUGGCUUAAACAGAUGAACGGAGGUCUGGUAGACACACUGCUUGUCAAUGCACGUGAAAACUUGGAUCUUCGUCUUGAUUUCAGUUGCAAUGACGCUGAGACCAUGAUCACAAUCACAUUGGAAGACCUGGAAGCAGGCCUAAGGCAGAUAUCAAGACAGAGACAUUUGUGGUGA